AUGGCGGAUCAAACAGAAAAGCAACGUCGGAGAGUUAGAAGCCGUGGUAGACCCCAAAUUGAACAAAGAGAUUCUCAUUCUUCUGCCAAACGAAGCGGAAGUAAUACUCAAAGCCGUCCUGGAAGAAAGGCAAACACUACUAGCUUUUUGGAGCCGGGUAGCCACGCCAACGAACAACAUCAAAGGUGCCGCUAUAGUCCCUCAAACACUGGUGAUAUAGCCGAAGAUAUGGAUCGUGGCCGCUCCAAUCGUGGUGGGCGAGGUAAUUUUCGGCGUGGACGAGAUGCAGAUCACAGCUCGAGCCCCUAUAGAGCAGAUCGUGGUGGUGGUGAAUCCAACCGUGGACGACGGGGAGGAUACGAGCCCCAAACGUCCCGUGAUGCCAGCACGUUGGGACACCGCGGGGAUCGUGGUGGUGGUGACCGCGGCCGUGGAGGUUCUCGCGGUGGUGAUCGAGGAGGCAGACGGGGCAGAGGAGGAGGACGUGGGAGAGGAGGACGUGGAGGCGCUCCCAGUGGCUCUGGGCGGGACAUGGUCUUUACGUCUGAAAAAUUCUCUCCUAUACCGGAUUCCAGCAUCACGGAGCUGGAAGACCGAAUCAUGGCACAGCAGAGUGCUACCACUGGCGGCCUUGUUUCUCAGAUGAGCCAACUGAGGAUUCAGAAAGGCAAAAAGGGCGGAAAGAACGUUUCUGCGAAACCUGAGGUAGAUGAGCAGGCUGCCGUCUUCCCGGUUCGCCCUGCAUAUGGAACCAAAGGACGGGCCGUUGUUGUUUGGGCCAACUACUUUCAAAUCCGAGCAAGUCAGGAGAGCAACUCUCUCUACAAAUAUGCCCUGUCGGUGACAGAGGCUGUUCAGAACAAGAGCGGACAGGUGGAAAUGCAAGAUGCGGUUGGCAUGAAACGCCAACUCGCCAUUGCAGCUACUAUCCAAAACUUGGGAGGCGAAGCUGUUGUGGCAACUGAGUUCAAAGCCCAGCUGAUAUCAGCACAUCUUCUUGAUAUAAAGCCCAAUCCAAUGGCUGUUCAGCUACCUAGUGUGUCGGAAGAUCGCAUCAGUGAUACAUUGUACGUCAAAUUUUCCACUCCAACACCAGUGCCGUUUGGAAAUUUGAUAGACUAUCUCACUUCUGGCGAGGUUGCUUCGGACGACAAAGUUUUCCCUCGGCAUCCAGAGGCUAUUGAUGCCCUCAACAUCAUUUUGGGACAUGGACCACGCUCUAUGGUCGGUGAUAUAUCUGUCGUUGGUCAAAAUCGAUUUUUCCCAUUUAACUCCAACACGGUUGUUGCCAAAUUUCAAAAUACCAUGCGGCCCCUUUUGGCUGCCAGAGGUCUAUUUCAGUCGGCACGCAUUGGCACCGGACGACUUUUGCUUAAUACCAAUGUUACACAUGGCAUCUUCAAAGUGGAUGGCAAAAUGGAUGAAUUGUUUCGCAAAUUCGACAUCAAGCAGGUGCGGAGAAGCGAUAGUAGAGGCGUGAAGUCGCUUAAGACCUUUUCAAAGUUCUUGCCGAAGACAAAGGCUCAUAUUGUGUGUACGCUAGCGGAUGGCAACAUGACACGCAUGACGAAGCCGCUUGGUGGAAUUGUCUGUGCCUCAGAGCAUAGAGACCAGUCCCGUGAGACACAUGGGCUCAGAUUUGCAGAUGGAAUGGAAUAUUGCGGUCCUGAUCAUGUCCAAUUUUGGCUUAAUGGGCCCGAUGACACUGGUAAAUACAUCUCGGUCGGUGAUUAUUACAGAGGAAAAUAUGGUUUUACUCUUAAUUCUGACUUCCCGUUGUUGUAUAUUGGCAAGGGCGAAAAGAUUAAGCUCUUCCCUGCUGAAGUCGUCUCCAUCAUUUCAGGACAAUCAGUCAAAGCCAAGCUCACCAUGGAUGAAACGUCAGAAAUGUUGAAGUUUGCCUGCCGCUCACCCUAUGCAAACGCAUUCUCUUUGACAUCAGAUGAAACACGCGCCACACUGUCGCAUGAUACCCAACUGCUGAAAACCUUGGGUAUCUCUGUUGACAAAUCGCUUCUUGCUAUCAAUGCGCGUGUGCUCAACGUACCGUACGUGUCUUACAGAAAUUUGGAUCGAAAGCAGGUUGAGAUCCGUCCCCAGUUUGGUUCUUGGAACUUGAAAUCACUCUAUGUUGCCAAUCCUGGUGAAAAGAUCGAACGCUGGACCUGGAUCAACCUCGUUGCAUACGGUGGUUCCAAAGGUGUUGGACCGGAUAUACCAGAGAGGUUUGCUAAGUUCUUGAGCGAUGGCAUGGGUAUUCGCAUCAGCAAACAGCCCAUCUACCCACGGGAGACCAGGAUGACACGUGAGGAAGCUAUGCACCCGAAUGGCAAGCUAGCAAAAUUCUUCGAUUGGAUGAAGUCCGAGCAGAUUCAGCUUUGUGUUGUGAUUUUGGCGCAAAAGGAAUCCAGCGCCCUCUACAGCAAUAUCAAGAUGUUGGGAGAUUGCCAAUACGGAAUUCACACCAGCUGUGUAGUUGCGAAUCAGUUUGGCAAAGCAGACCUGAGCUACUUUGCGAAUGUUGGCCUCAAGAUUAACCUGAAAUUUGGAGGCAUCAACCAUGUUCUGAAAGAGAGUGUUGGAUUGCUCAAGGGUGGUAAAACCAUGAUUGCUGGUUACGAUGUCACGCAUCCCACCCACAUGGGACCGCGUACUGGCAAAGGAGCACUGCCUCCCAGUGUCGUUGGUCUUGUUGCGAGUAUUGACUCUGGGUUUGGACAGUGGCCAGCGGUAUCCUGGGAACAAGAAUCAAAGCAGGAACUCCUUGGAGACGUUCUAGUAUCCAUGUUUGCCAGCCGUUUGGAUCUGUGGCAAAAGCACAACGAUGGUGCUCUACCAGAAAACAUCAUCUUCUUCCGCGAUGGUGUAUCCGAAGGACAAUUUGCCCAAGUUAUCUCUGAGGAGUUACCAUUCCUUCGUGAAGCUUGUCGAAAGAAGUACGGUGGCGGAAAGCAGCCCAAACUCACUAUUAUAGUAUCAGUGAAGCGGCACCAGACGCGUUUCUAUCCGACCAAGGAAGACGAAAUGUCCAGGUCUGGCAACAUUCAAAACGGAACUGUGGUAGACCGUGGCAUUACCCAGGCCCGCUACUGGGAUUUCUUCCUCACUGCUCACGAUGCCCUACAAGGCACGGCCCGUCCUGCACACUACACGGUGAUCCUGGACGAGAUCUUUGGGCCGACUUAUGGAGCACAGGCAGCUAAUGAGCUGGAGCGCCUAACUCAUGACCUCUGCUAUCUCUAUGGUAGAGCUACCAAAGCGGUAUCGAUUUGUCCCCCUGCAUACUAUGCGGAUAUUGUAUGCACCCGAGCCCGAGCCCACCGACCAGAGUUUUUUGACGGUGGUGACACUGAGACUGUAAGCUCUAUUGAUACGGCAUCCAUUAGCGGUCGAAACAUUCAUCCAGCGCUACGAGAUUCCAUGUAUUACAUUUAA